AUGCUAAUGAGCUAUUGUGGUCACUAUUCUAGGGGCUUAAAUGCUUCAGCAUUGAUGAAAAAGGGGCACUUACUGGACAAGAUGCAGGGACUCUACGUGACGGUUCUUUUAGUAUUGUGUGCUGGGGUGGAAGCUCAGAACAGGUCUCGUAACAGGGUGCAACAGAGCCCUCAACAAAUUCAAAGUAAUAAACGCCCACCCUUUAGGUCAUGGAACAGCCAGAUGUACCCUAUAUGGAGAGGGGAUGCAAACCAACAGAGAGACUGCUGGAGAGGUGGUGAGGUAACCUUUAAUCUGGUCAAUGAUGCACCAACCCUUACUGGAGCCAAAUCUACAUUUUAUAUCAAUAUUAACUUUCCACACAAUCAAACAGUGCUACCCGAUGGACAAGUUGUUUGGAGCCAGAACCGUACAGAAAAUGGCACAUGGGUACCAUCCGGGGAACCAGUUUAUCCUGAUGAGGGCACUGAAGGCUCAGAUUGUACAUUCCCAGAUGGCAGCCAAUUUCCACGUGGUGCUGAGAAGAAACGCAGCAAAUUUGUCUAUGUUUGGCAGACUUGGGGAAAGUACUGGCAGGUGGUAGAUGGGCCAUCUAGUCAUCUGACAGUUGAUACUGAUGGUGUUCCGCUUGGCUCCUACAACAUGGAGGUUGUUAUCUAUCACUAUCGUGGGCGUCAGAAAUUCAUUCCCAUUGGCAGUACCUCCUCUCAGUUUGCAAUAACUGAUCAGAUUCCUGUUUCUGUAACCAUGUCCCAGCUCCUCGACCUGAACCAGGAGGACCAACGGUUUAUUCAGAACAGAGCGGUGUCCUUCUCUGUAGCUGUUCAUGACCCCAGCCACUACCUCCAAGUCGCUGACCUAUCAUUCUCCUGGGAUUUUGGUGAUCAGAGUGGCACACUAAUAACAAGGAAUCCAGAUAUCACCCAUACAUAUGUGUCUGCUGGUGUAUUUAGACCACAACUGACCCUGCAAGCAGCUAUUCCUAUAACACCGUGUGGAAGCGCUGCUCCUGUUGUGCCUACACAGUCUGAGUCUACAACAGACCUCUCUCCAGAACCUGCAACUGAAGCAGCCGUUACCACAGAGAGCGGAUCAGAAUCUGUACCUCCCACAGGAACAUCUGUCCCAGUUCCAAGCAAUAUUACAGUUUCCGAAGCAACUUCCAUUCCUAGUGCAGUAACUGUUUCAGUAGAUGAACAGAUCAAUGUAGGAACUGAAACUGUAGAAUCAGAAGCUAGCGAAAGUGCAAUUACAGAAAGUGAGACUGAAGUUGCCACAGCCACUGUGGUUGUCGAGGAAUUUGAAACUGUGACUUCACAAAUUACUGAGAUAAUCACCAUAUUAGCCACUGAAGUAGAAACUGAGACUGCAACUGCUACAACUUUGAUCGACCAAGAAGUUGUGACCUCAGCAUUAAUUGUUCAGGAAUCUGAAGCUUCAACUAUUGUAGAAGGAGAUGUAAUUACCGCAUUAGCUCAGACUGAGGAAGUCACUGCAAUUGUAGAAGGAACCCUUAAUGCCACAACUGAAGAACAAGUUGCUCAGGCAGUGACUACUACAGAAGGUCAGGAAGAGGUGGUGGUCGCAAAGCGUCAAGCACCUGAGGACCCACUUGUAGGCUGCAUUCUCUAUCGUUAUGGAACAUUUUCAACCAGCUUGGAUGUUGUUCAGGGCAUCGAGAGUGUGGAGAUUGUUCAAGUGGCUACAAUAGCAGCUGAUGGACUUGAGAAUGCAGUGGACCUUACAGUUACUUGCCAAGGAAGUAUACCAAGCCAGGUUUGUACGGUUAUCUCUGGCGCAGACUGUGCAUCUCCACAGCAGACCACAUGUAGCCCUGUAGCGCCAUCCUCAGAUUGCCAGCUUGUGCUACGUCAGGUUUUCAAUAACUCUGGCAGUUACUGUGUAAACAUAUCUUUGGCUGAUGAUGUUAGCCUGGCUGUUGCCAGUACACAGGUCAGCAUUUCAGCAGGUGUAAACGCUUCAUCCACUAAUGGAGUGGCCAUAACAGUUGGUGUUCUACUGGUUGUAUUUGCUGUUGCCAUUGUGGCAUACACCUACAGAAAUGUUAAGACCUACAAACCCCUACGAACUGAACCUACUUCAAUCAACUGGUUUCCUGAGCGCCAGUCACUUCAUCGUUUUUUCCAAAAUGCUCUUGGCCGGUCCAUGACUGGGGAGAACAGCCCGCUCUUAAAUGGGCGCAUUGUGUGACUAUCUAACAGCUGACUUCCUCUACAGAGCCUCUGUUUUGCCCACAACAUUGCAUCUUUUAAAACUGCUCAUUUUGUAACUUGUAUACUGAAACUUCCUUCUCAAAUGGAUAAUGUACAAGGCUAUAUAGCCAGGUUAACUGCA